AUGGCACAAGGCCGAAACCCGUAUAAACGGGAUCGGGUUGGUCAACCUCCCCGAACGAGACUCUGCCCUUCGGCGGAGCCUCGUCCGGGUUCCUCUGUGCUCAGAGACAGACAGUUCGACCAUCAAGCCGAGCUUCUCGGCUUGAUUCGGUAUCUAGCCACCCCCACACGAGGGUUGCAUGUGGCACAAGGCCGAGUUUAUCGUGGGUUUCCCAAGCCCGUAGGCUCGGCCAAAAAAUGCCCGUAUAACCCGUAUAAACGAGAUCGGGUUGGUCAUUUUCCCCGAACAAGAUUCUGCUCUUCGGCGGAACCUCGUCCGGGUUCCUUUCUGAUCAGAGGCAGAAAGUUCGACCGUCAAGUCGAGAAGCUCGGCUUGAAUCGGUAUCUAGCCACCCCCACGAGGCCCGUAGGCUCAGCCAAAAAAUGCCCGUAUAACCCGUAUAAACGAGAUCGGGUUGGUCAUUUCUCCCCGAACGAGAUUCUGCCCUUCGGCGGAACCUCGUCCGGGUUCCUUUCUGCUCAGAGGCAGAAAGUUCGACCGUCAAUUCGAGAAGCUCGGCUUGAAUGGUAUUUACUUGAUUCCCACAAAAUCAAGAUGUGA